UUUGACACUUUGAGUUUAACUUUGACAUUUAAUUAUAGGUUAGGUUGUGUUGUUGUGGGUUUGAAUAGAAGUAAAUUGAUUAAAUAUGAACUUUUCUAUAAUUAAAAGCGUUUGUAAACAUGCCUCUGCUUUAUAUUACCAAUCUAGAUACGUAACAUUUGCUGCUUUGUCUCUUCCGGUUAGAAGUAUUCACACCACCCGAUCCAACAAUGAUUUAAUGGAAUUUUUUGAUACUAAAAAAAAUUGGAGUGAGACAAAUAUAAGAGUAGGUAGAGCUUGGAAAUUGGACGAAUUAAGAAUAAAGUCGAAUGCUGAUUUACAUAAGCUGUGGUAUGUACUACUUAAAGAACGAAAUAUGCUUUACACCAUGGAGCAUGAAUGUAACGAGCAUACACGGCUGUUUCCUAACCCUGAAAGAAUUGAUAAGGUUCAAGAGUCAAUGAACAAUAUUGAGACAGUUGUCAGAGAACGCAACAUUGCAUACUAUAAGCUAGAAACAGGUGAAACUGGCGAACGCCCCGUGGAAGAUGUGAUUAGUAUAUUUGGUCUACCUGAAAAAUACAAUAAACAAGAAUACUACAUACCCCAAUUUAUGAAUAGCAGGUGGGUAAGACCUUAUCUAGAACAUGGAUAUAUAAACAGUCGUGCUGUAAAGAAAUUUUAUAGACUAUAUAAAGAAAAACAGUACAAUGAAGCAAGAAAAGCCCGAAACAGAGACUUCAAUCAUGUGCAACAGCUAUUGAAACGUUUCCCGAACAUGGAUAUGGAAAAGUUAAAAGCUGAAUAUCCAAAUGUUGAUAUUGAAAAAGCAAAGAGAACCAAAAAAGCGAGAGGGCAUUAUAUGCCAUUGUACUAGUGUCAUUUAAAUUAAUGUGUUAGAGUAAUUAUUAUUUAAUAAAGAUAGUGUCAUUGAUAAAAGUAUUUUAUUUUUAUGCAGAAAUUAAUUAGCAGAUGGAUUGCAUGAAUGAUAUGAUUAAGAUGAUUAUGGUAUAUAAUGAUUGAAUUACACAUGGUCUAUUGUUUGGAGGAUGAAACCUGUUGUAGUGUGUUGUACGAUAAGGAGACAAGAAAAAUUAGGUCGCAAUAUAAACUUAUUGAGAGGAUAGAUACUUAGUUAUAAGCAUGACAUUUAUGACUAGACUGA